AAUAGUCUGUAAUAAUAUCUUAGAGUGACAUUACGUACCUACAAAAAUAAAAUAAUUACAAGACGUAAUUAAAGUUAAAACUCAUUGAAGAGCAAUUUCAACAAUAAUGGUUGAAAAUCGAAAAUUUGACUACAAAGAAAAAGCCAUUGGAAUAAGACACUUGCAAUGUGUUCUUAUCUUUUUUGGAAAUGCCGUUUCGCAUGCACUGCGUGUAAAUUUAUCAGUUGCUAUUGUAGCAAUGACAGAUAAAUCUGGAUCUCCCGAGAAUGGUAUCUAUUCUUGGGAUGAGAGAACAAGAUCAAUCAUUCUUAGCAGUUUCUUUUUUGGCUACGUAUUCACUCAGGUUCCUUCGGGACAACUAGCUCACAGAUAUGGUGGUCAUAAAAUAUUCUUCUGGGGACUUUCCAUUUGUUCGGUGCUCGCUAUAUUAACACCAUUUUGUGCAAAACUUGGUGGAUGGCAUUUAGUGUGUGCUUUGCGAUUUGUUCAAGGACUCUGUCAAGGAUCAGUUCUCCCAUCAACUCAUACUCUUCUCUCUAAAUGGGCUCCAAUCAAAGAACGUGGUUUAAUGGGAACCCUCAGUUAUUCUGGUUCCCAACUGGGUACUGCUCUAAUGCUGUGUGUGAGUGGAGAAAUAACUGCAUCUUUUAUGGGAUGGCCUGGAAUAUUUUAUGUUUCUGGAGGUAUUGGUUGCAUUUGGGGAUUUCUAUUUUACUUUUUCGCAGCAAGUUCACCAGCAGAAAGCCGUUUUAUCUCAGAAGAAGAAAAGAUGUACAUUGAAAUGCUACCCAUUCCCAGUGCUGAAACACCAUCAUCAAAGGAUACAAAUGAAGAACCCAAAAAAAGUUUACCAACUCCUUGGUUAGACAUUUUGACAUCAGUUCCAUUCUAUUGUGUUGUGAUAGUUCAUUGUGCCAAUAGUUGGGCUUAUGAUAUACUUUUAACUCAAAUCCCAACUUAUAUAAAUGGAGUCCUUCAAAUGGACAUUAAGAAAAAUGCCGUAUUCUCGUCACUUCCGUUCUGGGUAAUGCUAGGACUCAGUUAUUUCUUCGUCUUCAUUUCGGAAAUUCUCAGAAGGACAAAAUGCAUGAGUAUGGGAGUGAGUCGUAGAUUCUUCAACUGUCUCGGAAAUUGGAUUCCGGCAAUCGGACUUAUCAGUUUGGGGUAUAUGGGCAAGGACAAUGAAACUCUUGUGAUAGUUGCAUUGAUGAUUACUGUGGGAAUGAAGGCAGCUUGCUAUUUGGGAUUCAUGCUAAAUCACAUAGAUUUAUCGCCAAAUUUUGCUGGCACAUUGAUGGGCAUGACAAAUUGUAUUGCACAUACGACGAGUAUAAUGGCACCUUUGUCUGUUGGAUUUAUCGUUACUGAUGAGAAAAAACCAGAACAAUGGAGAAUUGUAUUUUUCAUAUCAGCAGGUUUCUUAUUCAUAGGAAAUUUGCUAUUCAUUUCUUUUGGAAAAUUCGAAACACAAUACUGGAAUGAACCUCAACCAGUUAAAGUUGUUAAAACAUCCAAAAAUAAUAGCCAACUUUCAGUUUAUAAGGAUGCAGUCCAUUAA